AUGCUCACAGCACAACCUCCGUGUCUCGAGCGACUUCUUUCGUCCUUCGCAUCAGUCGCAUUCUUCUCAGCCUUGCGUAAUGUUCUCAUAGUAACGCGCGCCACGCCCAUACAGCGGCUGUCCAGUAGCAGCUGGGUCCACCGCAGCGCCCACUCGCCAUGGAUCCGCCGUUCUUGUCGUUCGUUCAGCCCACCUCGCACUCUCGUUCAGCCCACCUUGCACUCUCGUUCAGCCCACCUUGCACUCUCGUUCAGCCCACCUUGCACUCUCGUUCACCUCACCUUGCACUCUCGGCAAGCUGUGGUCGAAUCCCGUUUUCCUGCUGCCCGCUGCUCCUUCCCGCCCUUAUAUCCCGCACACUCGGCGCGCAGCGGCGGCGCUGAAGGAGUGCGCGGCGGAGUGGGGGAUGAGCGCGGCGGGGUGGGCGCAAGGCGCGGACUGCGCGCGGGCGAAGGGGGUCACGUGCGACAAAGGCGGCAUGGUCACAUCGCUGUCAGUGCCCCGGGGGACGGCAGCGCGAUGGGGGGAGGGGGGGGGCGCGUGGAAAAGAGAGGGGGGACGAUAAGGGGAGCAGCAGGGCAUAGCAGAUGCACAUGGGCGGAGGGGGCGAGGGCCAUGAGAGCGAGAACCGGGCGCACGCGAGCCAUUGAAUGCCGCCCAGUGCUGCCGCCCUUUGCUGCUGCUGCCGCCGCUGCACAUGCAUGGCCUGUCAGUGUGGACCAUGACCCUCUCCUCUCCUUGCGUGCUGCACUCCUCCAUUGCGCCACGUGCAUCAUUGCUCUCUUGCUCAUUCCCUGUCUGCCCCAACCUCCACAACCCUCCCACCACCCUUCCCCUCUCUCCAUGCCUUCUCCCCUCCCCGCAACAACCCCCCCUUGCACGCUGUGCAGGCUCCUGAAUUAUGAGAACCUCACAGGCUCCAUCCCGCUCGCCCUCACCACGCUCUCCCGCCUGCACUCGCUGGAUCUGCGGUCCAACAGUCUCUCUGGGCCUCUGCCGCCCGCCCUCUCCUCCCUCCGCCUGCUCACCUCCCUGGCUGUGAGCGUGGCAGCAGUGAUCGUGGCAGCAGUGAUCGUGGCAGCAGUGAUUGUGGCAGCAGUGAUCGUGGCAGCAGUGAUUGUGCCUUCAGCCGUGUGA